AUGCAAAUUCUCGGCAAGCUGAAGGUCGAGCUGGCGCUUGUCGCUUUGUCCAUGAUGUUGGGCCUACUCACUUUCGCGGCUGCCUACAUCGAUGGAGCCAAUAAGAUGGCAUCUGGUUUGACCGAGGUGCUAGCAGACGCCGAGUUUAGCGACGAGCCCACGUUUUUGGGCGACUCAUUUUAUUCGCCCGAAGGCGAGGAAGUGUUCUCCAUGUUGGAGCCGCAGGGGAGUGGGGUGAUGGAUUGGAAGCUCGCGUACGCGUCGUAUGAAGACCUCCCUGCUUUGCCUUUCCCCGGCAACUAUCACCAGGACGAUCCAAAAUGGGACGCCCGCCUCGGACUUGGCGGGACCACUUAUGAGCUGUUGUACUUUGCGGACCGACGACUGCCGAGUGGCCUCGGUAUAGAUAUGAAAAGUGCGCCGGCCGGUCCGGAGGACGAGAAGAAGAGACUUCCGCUCGGUGGAAUCGCCGAGCUCUUGACUAUCCAGCAAUUCUAUCAUGAUAAUAAAGAUGCGAAGAAGCUACACGGUUUCCUCGCGCCACCUCUGAAGCUGCCCGUCAGUAAAUAUACAGCCGGAAGCAACAAGAAAACGAAAAAGGAAACUCCGUCGUGGGAGUUCUACAGCCUGCCUUUGUUUACCCCUAUCCCUGCGCGUACGAAAAACGGCAACCUGGACUUAAGCGGGUACAUAGAGCCAAGAAUUAACCCCCCCCCGGACGGAUGGUUUUAUUCAACGCGCCCGGCCGCUGGCUUAAAACAAAAUAAAAAGCGCUGGCCAAAUUUGAUCGCUUCCAGCCCUUAAGCGCCGAAAUCGAUGAAAUUUCGCCAGCAGCGCCCAUUUAUUUAUCAUAGUGAUUUUCUUGCCGACGCGCCUGGGGGUCGUGUGGUGGGGCUGUGCCUCUAGGUGCGAUAGCGGAAACCACCGCGCGCCGCUCAAUUUGUGGCAGCCCGCCCGCGGCCCUCUGUUUCUCGCGGCUCGGGAGAGAGGCGGUGGAGGUGUUCUGUCGGCGGGGGGGGGGGCGAAGUGGUGCCUGACAGACUUUUUGGGCCGCCACCCAGCCUGGCUGCGGAGGGGGGGCCCGACUGCGCGCGCCCAGUCUUUCUUAGGAGAGUCCGCGGGAAACUCAGCGCGCACGGCGUGCGCCUGCUUCCAGGGGCGCCAGUGUUGCGUUGGGCGCUGGCGGCCUGCCAUCGUUUCGGUGGCUUCCGUGUUUCGCCUUUCGCAGGUGCAGCGAUGUGAGCCUGUUGCCCAUCCAAGGCGGCUGGUUGCCCGGCUAGAAAGCGCAGCCCGCCGGGGUCUGAGAUAUGUAAGUAUGGGUGGCGUUGAAGGCCCGCGCCGGCCGGCCCGUGCCAGCCUCCCUCGCAAUCAGCCAGCCGGGCCUUUCCUUUGUGAGUGCCCGCGCGGGCGCUGCCACUGAUGGGGGCGGCGCCCGUGCCUGGCCGCCAUUGUGUGGGCGCGGGGCCUAAGCCUGGCUGCCAGCACCAUCAGAAGCGCGGAACCGGCCGGCCUUUGUGGUGUCUCACCAUCAGAAGUGCGAACUAGCUACGAGGGCCGGCAUCCUGUGCAGAAGUAUAGUGCUCGUAGUCAUUGCUUUCAUGCGCCGCAAAUUUUUUUCUUAAUAAGGUAAAUCCGCAUGACAAAUUUUAUUUCUCAUGCUGGGGAAAUUCAAAUUUGUAUGUAGUGAGGUCACCGAACGGUUCUAACCAGGGAGCUUUUUUGCCACCCAAACAGCAAAACGACCGGCAGUUUCUAAGCGGUCGGAGGGCUUUUUGCACAAAAAAAAAUUUCAAUUUUCAAGCGGCCCUGGCUGACCUGGCACCGAAUCGCCAGCGGAUUCUAUCGGUCGCCGCUGGGUAAAACGACGCUCGCAGGGAAGCCGGCACAGGAGCGCCCUUCUGAGGCGCACAGCGCGUCUAAUUUUGCCGAUUUGGGGCGCCCAAAAAGGGGCGCCGAAAAAAUACCAUAACGAAAAAAACUGCGAAUCCGCAUGCUAUGGUCGCCAUUUUUGCCGACUUCCCGAGGUCGCAAAGCCGGCCACCAAAGUCGGGCAUUUGUAAUGCGGGGAGCAAUCCAAAAAGUGCGACUCUUCAACAAAAAGAAAACAAAGAGCGGAAAGCUCGCCAAAAGCUGAAAGCUAACUCGCAUGCUAUGGGCCCGAUUUUGGGAGCCCAUGGAGUCGGGAUGGGUGGGGGCCCUGGGGUGGCUAUAGCAUGCGGGAAAGCGUUUCGAUUCAGGAGGCGGCAGGGGCGCGGCUUUUCAACAAAAAAAACCAAAGGACGCAAAUCCCGCCAAAAGCAGCAAGCCAGCCCGCACGCUAUGGCCCCGAUUUGGGGGGCCCACAGGGCCGACCCCGGCGGAGGCCCUUGUGGGGCCAUAGUGUGCGGGAAAGCGUUACUCCUCUGAAAAGAGCAAAAAGACCCGGCGCCGUUCCGUCGAAAAAACGAAACCCGCGGGACCUCACUACCCCCGCCUUGGCGGCUAUAUUUGGUAACGCAUUUGUACGAGUGCGAUACUUUUGCAAUGCAUAGCCGGGGCGCACCGCCUAAAGUCCUAAAAAGUAAGUCCUGCCCUGCCCGAUCCGAAGUGCGGAGCUGGCGGGAGUGAAGUGUGUACACCAGACGCGCACCAUCAGAAGUGCGGAACUUGCGCGCCCGGGCGUACCAUCUUCAAGUCAAGAUGGAUGGAUGGAUGCGUGGAGGGAUGGGCGGGCAGUUCGUGGCACGCGCCGCGCGCUUCGGCUGCUGCUUGCCUGCAUCCAUUGGGGCAGGCCAAUGGCUCUCGCUCCCGGCCCGUCCGCCCGUUGAUCGCCAAGCCCGCUUUAUUUUAUUUUGCCGACCCGACAGGGACAGCCACACGAAAUCCACGCGAACGUCCGUGGCCUGUGUGUGGGUCUGUCUGUCAGUCUUUGACCGAAUGACCUGCGCCGCCUCCGCGCGGCGACUCUCUUUAUUUUUUGGCAUUCGGCCGGGCGGCCUCGUCCCGGCCGGCCGAUCGUGCAACGCACCGCAAAAGCACCGCGUCGGCCCUCCGGGGGGAACCAAUUGGGUUGGGGGAGGCAGGCACGCCGGCCCCGGAUCGCCAAGCAAACCAAAGCGCCUCGGGCAUGGGGCCGCGCGCCAGUCUGCCCCAUUUAGUAAGAAAGUGCGCGCGCCCUCUAUUGGUUGGCCCCGGACUACUUGCGCGGCCGCCGCGCACGCCAGCGGGCGCGCCCGCGGGCGGCGCCGGCAAUCUUGUGCGGCCUGCCGGCUCCUUUGACUGCGCAAAGCCUAGCAGCAGGAGCCCACCUCCGUGCCUGGUUGGCCUGCUCGACCCAUCGGGGCGGGGGGCGGGGGGUUGUUCGAGCCCGCUGGCAAGCCUGCGUGCCCGCCGGCGGCCGGCCGCCCGUUUUUUUGUUUUAUUUUGGCCCGGGCGCCCUCCUCUUUGAAGGCCCGCUCCGCUGAUGCCCGCCCGUCCGUGCGCAUUAGCUGGGGCGAAUCAAUAUAGGAAAACGAUCGGCCGGGGGAAGCCGCCUGUGGCCCCUUUGAUUGGGGCCGGCGAACAGAUGGAAGCGGCGCCCGGCGCUGCGGCAGGGCAAUGUGGUAGCGGCCUGGCCCCUCUUUGCUGCCUUUGCGGCCGCUGCGAUGGAUCGUUCCUUUUCAGUCGUGGCAUCGGCGGGCGGGCGGGCCUGCUUCGGCGCGCUUCUUUUGAUGCGCCUACCUCCUACGCCACCCGCGCCCCCCGGGCGAGCGUGCGAGCCCGGGUUUUUUGUUUCUGGUGGCCCAGCCCCCCCCCCCGUUUGCCGGCCCGGGCUUUUUUUGUGCCUUUGGCCUCCUGUCCCUGGAACUUGCAUGCAGACCUCCGGGGCCGUCCUCAAUUUUGCUGGAGGAGCUCCACCGGUUUCCCCGAGGCUGCUCGCAGCCGGCUUUCAGCCGCCGCCCGGAACGCUUCGCUCCGGAAGCCGUAAUCCCAUGGCACCCCGGGCCCGCUCUGGGUGUUGGGGCAAAGCCAUUCCCGGCGGCCGUUUUGUGGCCCCAAGUUGGCGGCCGCCUCCGCAGCUUUUUUGGUUUUUGAAGGUUGGCCCCCUUCCUGUUUUGCGCGUUGGGCGGCGGCCUGGACAAAAGCGGCGGGGCAAUUAGGCUCAAGCGAUGGCGCGCGCGCGCGCGCACUGUGCCAGCCUCCCUCUUUCCUAUCAACCCCCCAUCCAUGCCCCGCCCAAACCCAAGCCCGUGGUGGGCAGGCCCGCAGCCGUUGCUCUGGGCGGUGGUUGGAUUGGCUGGAAGCCCCGAACGCGCCCGGCGGCUUCGCGGCCGGGCGGGGGGCCGGAUGGGUGCCUGGCGGUAUCAUCGGCGCCCGCCGCCUACUUCCCGCGCCUGCCCCCCCGCUCGCGCGGCCGAUUCUCCGACCUGAGCGCGCGCUUCCUUUCUAGCGUUGGCUCGUUGGACCUGCCCCAGCAGGGCACUUCACCCGGCGCUUUGGCCCCCGCGCGCCCGGCCGCGCCUUUUGUUUCGAUCGGGCGGGGCGGGAGGUUGAUUGGACUGGUGGCCCGCCGCAAAUAGCGGGCGCCCGUCCCGGGCGCGCGCCGAGAAGCGGUCGGCUCAUGGUGCGUGAAUACCGCAUCCGCCGGCGGGCCCCCGUCUGUGUUGCCCGCCCCGCGGCGCGCCCGCCCUUGCGUUGCUUUUGCGGCGGCCCCGCCCGGGUUCGCCUCGGGCCCGGGGGCUACCUAGCAUGGAAGCAAGCAAACUUAGAUACCCGGACCCCUUGCAUUGGUUUCGGCCGGUGUGCGGAUUGGGCUCUUGUUAUUUGGAUUGCAACAAGCAGAAGCAUGGCCGGGGCCCCAUUGGGCCGGGGGCUUGCUGGCAUAAUUGGGGUGCGCGCCUUUCGUCGGCCAGCGGGGUGCGCUCCAACUCCCCGCGCUGCGCUUGCAGGGUGCUUGCGAAGUGUUUCGGGCGGCCCACCUGGUUCCCGAAACGAAGGGAGUGACCGUGGGGCCAACGCCUGGGGCCGACGACGGGCGUCAGUGAGUGUCGUGAGAUGUGGCCGGGCCGCCUCCCUCUCUUGCGCACGCCCGCCGGCGCUGCGUGGCUUCGCUCUAGUAGACUUACUAUCUAUGGCCAGCGCCCUCCGUCGGGUGUGUUGGUCGUGGCUCUGGCCCGGGGAUUAAGAGGGCGGGCCUGGAAAAAGCAUCGGCGCCCAACACCCCUGGGCGACCAACUCCUUCGCCGGCCCGCCGGCCGGCGGAAGGUUCCGCCUGCUGCGUUUCAGGACAUGGCAGACCUUGGCUGUUGGUGUGCGGGAGAAAAAGGCGCCCGGCUUUUUUUUUUGAAAAAAGCGCGGAGGCCCUUGCCCAAGGCGCCAGGCCGGGCGGCCUUCCUUCGGAUGGAAUCAAUGCGCUUCGGCUGCACGGGCCGAAAGCCCCGCACUGGUGGAGGGUUGCUACACAGCUGGCGGCGCCCUUUUUGCUUGCUGGCCCCGUCUUGCGCGCCGGCGUUCGCGGCGUUUAUUUUCAUUAAUUAUCCCGAGGGCUGCCGGCGCGUGCCCGCGCAUGCAAUCAAAAAGGAAACACGCCGCGACCCCCCGCCGCGGGCGUGAUGCCUUACUUUAAUGAGGCCGCGCGCUGCGUCCGCACGCAGAAGAGCUGCUCUCGUUUUGUUUGGAAUGCUUUGCUUGCAGCAUCGGGGGCGCCAAUGAUCAAAGGGCGGCGCGCGCUCUACGGCCCACAGCCUGUCCCUGUAAAGGUUUCCGAGGAGCCUUGCGGAGGUUUGGCGCGGUUGUUUUUCGUGGUCGAGGUGCCGGCGCCGCCCCGCCUCACUCUCUUCAUCCUGCGCGCCUUUGUCGGUCUGACAACGCCGCGCCCACAUUUUGGCGCCCAUCGGGCGACGCGUUCGAGGUCGGACUCGGAUCCCGUUCUCGGUGUCUCGGACGGACAACAACCAGGCGCCCGGUGGCGCAUUGGUUUGCUAUGGCCAUUUUUGGCUAAAGUCAUUGACAGGGCGGGUUAAAGCCAUCCGUCGGGGGGGUCUGUCAAUUUUUGCCGAGUGCGCCCUCAUAGGCCGACAUCUUCAAGAAGCGCGCCAUGUAUUUUGGAAAAGAUAAAGCGGCGGGCGCCGCCGCGGACGCGGAGCUUGAUCGUCACGCGUGGGAUUAUUUUCAUAAAGGGUUACGCGUGGACACAAUGUUAUUGCUGCGGCACCAUCGGGACUUCGCCAAUCUGCGGAAAGUGUUCACUCAUGAGCGCGAAACACAGCAAAAAGCGUGCGACUUCUACUAAUCACGAAGAUGGGGCGUCGUUUGUGGGUCUUGGUAUCAUCGCGCCGCCACCGGCAACGCACCCACUUCCAGUGGUUGACAGGCCGCAGCCUUUUCCUCGUGUCGCAGGCGUUGCGCGUGUUGCACCCGCGCACGCGGAUAGAGGCCUGCGCGGCUCGUCGCGUUUGCGCCACUCCGCAUCGGAAGUGCUUAGUCCGCAAGCCUAAGAAUUGGCGGGCGUUUCUAAAAUGUUUGACGGCGUUGGGCGUUGUAUCCCAGGCCGAGCUUCAAAAGGCCGCGGCGCAGUGGCCCUGCUUCCCUUUAAACUUUAAAGAAGGGCGGGGCGUCAAGUGUCACCAGAGCCGCCGUCGCCGGCCGCGAAACUUUUUGCGAGCGACCGCGCAGGCAGGGCCGGCAGAGAGAAGGCCCGCCCCCUCCGCGCCCACGCCGUCGCUGCCUGUGAUUAAAGUGCUGCCGUCCCUGGGCUCUGUGCCCGCGCGCUUUUAUUUCUGCUGCGCGCGCCCGCAUGUGAAGGAAGCCGACACCUUGUUUCCUAGCGUGCCCAGCAACGGGAAAGCGCCCCCCGCCCGCGCCCUCGCCUUAGCUAGCAGGCCCGGCAGGUUCUUUGGUAGCAUGCGCGCAGCCACUGUCUGGGUCCCGCGUGGCGCCCUCGCGUUUCGCCAUCUCCCUGAUCGAAGGCACACGCAGCCGCGAUGCCGGUGCUCCGCUCCUCGUGCAAGCGCCCCCGCUGCAGCCCUUUCGUCGGCCGGAUUGCAAAACUUGGCGAGGAAAAAGACGCGGGGCCCGGUUGUUCAAAUUGGCGGGCCUGCGCUCGCCGCGCAGCGAGCCAGCGCCAGGCGCCGGGCGUCUUCGGCCCCAUGCUUGCCCGGCAGCCGUGCCUAGGUAGAGCCGACGCGCAGCUUGAAGCCUCCCACCGCCCAAGCGGCAUCGCUCACCGAAGGAGGUGCGAAAGGAAGCUAGUGCGACCAAUCUGCCGCCGGCCCUUCACCGCCCGCGCGCCCGGCCGCAGCGGCCUGGCUGCUAGGCAGAACGCAUCCAGCCAGCGGAAGAUCACACGCAGGAACGCAGCGCCCCCCCUGCCUUGUUCUGGGAAUUGUCUGCGCAGGCCGCGGGCACUCCUCGCACUCACACAGAGGGCCUCCAGGCUCGGGCGGGGCGGGGGCCGAGGGCUGCCUGUUGCCGCUGGCCGCGCGCGAGGCGUUGCAGCGGCGUCGGUGUUGCAGCAGCUCCGCGAGGCGUAGGCGCAGCCGGUCGCCCACCUGUUAGGGGUAGCGUGACUCAGUAAUUGGCAGUCUCCAUCGGUGUGCCUGUGGUUGGUGUUGCGCCGGUUCUUGCAGCUAGUUUGAUACUGGGGGCGCCGCCUUCCUUUGGGGUUUGCGCCCAGCAGCUUGCCUGGCCGCGCCCGCCCUCCCCCCACAUCUGGUUAGUUAGAUGCAAUAGAUGGCCCGCGUUGUAAAUUGUCUGGGCUCGCUUGGGGGGCCGGCCAGGCGGCGUGGCGGCAGCGACUUUCUUUGUCGCCUGUGUGUAAAGCCAUUCCUUCGGCGCCAUGUGUCGCCCGUACGGACCCCGCUCGACAUCGGUGCCCGUUGUGUCGCGAUUGCGCGCGGUUCCCGGUACGAAGCGAGUGCGCUUGUGGAUCAUAAGCAACAUCGCGAUGGUGCCGCAGCGCGCGACUGUCCGUCCAUAGAUUAACAGGCCCCUGCUGGGCUUCAGCGCGACCGACGUCGACGACGUCGAGGAGAUGUUUUCCAACUUCGCACAGCUCUGGGAAAAGAGCCGGGGACCAGGUGCGGCCGCGGCGUUAGCUGAGGGGCUCAGAAAAAGCAUCGAAAACGAGGCCGACCCUUCGCUCCCAAAAGAAGUCGAACACUUUGUCGCGCAGAGCGUGAAGCAGGCGAAGAAAAGGGGGGGGGAGCACCCUACCCACAAGCGAGCCCGCAUAACGGCGGAGAGGCUCGCUGGAGUACUUAUUGCGGGCCGGGAGACGUGGCAGCGAAUUCAACACAUAGCGUGCAGCCUCGUUGAACGCGAAUGGCAUAAAGUGGCGCGACACGUUGCAAACAAGUUCGAACACAAGAAGCACCAUGACGUUCACGAGCUGGCGAAUUUGGUCCUUGAGGAAGUGGCGGGGAAGGGUGACGAACACAAGAAUGACGAAGGCAAGCACCAUCAUGAUGAGCAAACCAGGGCGAUCUUUGCGAAUGGGAAAGCGUUGCUCAAGAAAAUCGACGAACAAACCAUCCGCGACAAGGAACUACUGGAGCUGCGGGCGGUCCACAAAUUUCUUACUAGUUCGAUGAGUGUAUCUGCCGAGGGGCUGCUGGGUGUGAAGUCGCUGAACGGGUGCGGCCCAGCGGGCGCCCCGAGUGCCCUUGUGGACCUGAGCCUGAUUCGAAGAGACCGCCUGGAAGCGCACAUGGAGAAUUUGAAAGCUGGAAAGGGUAUUGGGGCGCUGCUACACUGGUACGCCGCGCGUGUACUCGCGGCCGGGGUUGUGUAUGGUGGGCAACACAGCCACGUAGCUAGGGACGGGAAGUGUAAAAAAGUUUCAUACCUAUAAAGUACGAGCUACCCCUAGCAUGGUCGGUCGGUGUUGUGAGCACGAUGGCGAUCAUUUUUGCAUUUUUUCCCGUCCCCCCUAGCACGGCCUGACCGUGCUAGACAAGCAGCCAAAAAAAGCAACCCAGCUGCAUUUUCGGCAGUUGCUGGCGGUUUUGCACUUUUUGCGCACGCUCCUAGCGCGGUCGGUGUGUGCGGGCAAAGCAGCGGAAAGUCGGAAGCCCCCGCCUCACUCUACUCGGGGUCGUAUUUGCGCGGCCCACAGAAAAAAAUAUUUUUCGGGGAAAUCCGCUACAUAUCUGAUUUUCGCAAAACACAGGCGCUGGUAGCACGACAGGCGCCAAGUCGGCGCCUUUGCUCUCCAGGCGCUGGUAGAUUUUUUUCAAGAAAGCGACGGCCCGGCUUGGCGCCGCUGCCAAGUCCGGACUGGGAGGCCGAUCGCUGUUUGCCGUGUUCUCAGAGUGCCUAUGUGGACGAAAAUAAAGUGAGCAUAUAUCCCAAAAAUGGGCCGCGUAUUUAGAAACGCAUAGAAAUUACUAUAUUUACGAGCCUGGAAGCGGGGCCAUCGGGGCCCCGCUUCUAUGGGCUCGCUGCUGCCGGACCGACCCGCCCCCGUGGUCGGCCCCGCUUUCAAAAUCGAGAAAGCCAACGACAAUGCGCGGGGGGGGCCCGCGUUAGAAGUGCAGCCCGUCCGCUGCGCUGUCUGGGAAAUACGAAAAAGCCGCGGCCCCGGGCCCGUCGGGGCCGCUCCGCCUCCGUUUUUUAUUUUCGCAGGAGCUGGCUGUGAAAUGCGCAAAAUUGCUGCGCUUUUCGCAGGCCGCUCCGCCUUUGCUGGCUUUGGCAGGCCUGGCGAUGACAGGCAAGCAAGCGCGCGCCGUUGGCCACAUAAUUGACGCCCCCCCUGUGUUUCAUGCACAGCCUUGCUUUGCUUUGCGCAGCCUCGCUCUGCGCAGCCUUCGCCCUGUUUUUCUCGCUUUGCUUUUUCCGCUUUGCUUUUUUCGCUUCGCUUUGUCUGCUUUGCUUUUUCCGCCUUGCCUUUUUCGCUUCGCUUUGUUUGCUUUGCUUUUUUCGCUUCGCUUUGUUUGCUUUGAUUUUUUCGCUUUUCUUUUUCCGCUUUGCCUUUUUCGCUUUGCCUUUUUCGCUUUGCGUAUAUUCGCUCUGCCUUUUUCGCCUUGCUUUUUUCGCUUCGCUUUUUUCGCUUUGCUUUUUCGCUUUGUUUUUCGCUCUGCUUUUUCGCUUUGCUUUUUCGCUCUGUUUGCGCGCUUUGCUUGUUCGCUUUUCUUGCCCGCUUUGCUUGCCCGCUUUGCCUGUUCGCUUUGCUUUUUCGCUUUGCUUGCUCGCUUUUCUUCUCGCUUUGCUUUUUCGUUUUGCUUUUUCGCGCUUCCUUGGAUUCUUUUGCUUUCGCUUCUGGCUUUGCUUGGCGGCGUUUUGCUUGCGCAGCCGUCGCGCAGUCACGUUUUUCGUCAACCACGUGCGACAUUUUUUGAAAUUAGUAAAUCGCUAGUAGCAGGAGAACGCGUAGCGUAAGAAGGAGAGGCAGAUCGGGACGCAGGUCCGAAAGCCGCGCCGCCUUCCGACCGCCCGGGUUGCGAGUUUGGCGAGCUCGCAACUACACCAAAGCCCGCUCGCAGCAGCCAGGCUCUUAACGAAAUCGCUCGCCAGCCCUGAGAAAGCUUGCGCCCAAAGAAGCCCCCGAAGGCGUAGGCCCUUAAGACGUGGGGCCUUAAAGCGCACCCGUUUAGAUCGCCGCCGGCCGCUUUGGUUUUUGCGCUAGUGCGUUGGCCUUUUCGCUUUUUGCUUUUAAGCGCCCCCCUUUUUGGCGCUUUGCUCUGUCGCGAUUUGCUUUCUGGAUGGGUGGCGCUUUGCUUUUUCGCGCUUUGCUUUUAUUUUCGUUCCGCUUUGCUUUUUUAUUUUUCCUGUGCCGGCUCUCAGCUUUAAACGCGUAGGCCUUAAGGGCUAGGCCCUUAAGAAAGCUCCUAAGGAAGCUCCUUAGGAGGCCGCUUAAGGCAUACACCCUGAAGACAUGGGGCCACAAAACGGGGCCGCUCAGAGCUUUGCUCCCGCUUUGCCUUUUUGCGCUUUGCUUUUUGGUGCUGAGCUUUUUGGCGCUCGCCUUUUUGAUGCUUUGCCUUGUCGCGGUUUGCUUUCUCGUGCUUUUGUUUUUGGCGUUUUGCUUUUUCGUGCCGCUUUGUUUUCGGCGUUUUGCCUUUUCGCCUUGCGCUUUGUUUUGUUUUGCUUUGCUUUGCUUUGUUUUGUUUUGCUUUGUUUUGUUUUGUUUCUUGCUUUGCUUCUUGCUUUGCUUCUCGCUUUGCUUCUCGCUUUGCUUUUCGCUUUGCUUCUCGCUUUGCUUCUCGCUUUGCUUCUCGUUUUGCUUUUCGUUUGCCAUUGCUUUGCGUUUUGCUUUUCCUUUCGCUGUGCCGCCUCUCAGAUUUUAAAGGCCAGGCCUCAAGGGCUAGAUCCUUAAGAAAGCUCCUAAGGAAGCUCCUGAGGAAGCCUCUGAAGGCGUAGGUCCUGAAGACGUGGGGCCUUAAGGCUUUAAGCCCGGCGUAGCCGCUCGCACCCUUUCGCUUUGGUUUAUGCGCUUUGCUUUUUCCGCUUUGGUUUUUGGCGCUUUGCUGUUGGCGCUCUGCUUUUUCGCGCUUUGCUUUUGGCGCUUUGUUGUUGGCGCUCUGCUUUUUCGCGCUUUGCUUUUGGCGCUUUGCUUUCGGCGCUUUGCUUUUGGCGCUUUGAUUUUUGGCGCUUUGGUUUUUGGCGCUUUGCUUUUUCGCUUUGCUUUUUCGCUUUGCUUUUUCGCUUUGCUUUUUCGCUUUGCUUUGCUUUUUCGCUUUGCUUUUUCGCUUUGCUUUUUCGCUUUGCUUUUGGCGCUUUGCUUUUUUGCCGCCUUGCUGUUUGCGCUCUUCUUUUUCGCGCUUUGCUUUCAGCGCUUUGCUUCUGGCGCUUUGCUUUUGGCGCUUUGCUUUUGGCGCUUUGCUUUUGGCGCUUCCUUUGGUUUUUUUCGGGUUGCGACUUUGGCAAAGUCGCAACCAACGGCAACCACAACCAGAGACCAAAACCCGCUCGCAGCAGCCAAGCUCUUAACGAAAUCUCUCCGCCGCCCUGAGAAAGCUCCGCAAGAAGCCUCCGAAGGCGUAGGCCCUUAAGACGUGGGGCCUUGCGCCCGCUUUGGUUUUUGCGAUGCCUUGCCUGUUCGCUUUUUGCUUUGCUUUUUCGCUUGCGCCGUGCCUGCCCUCCCCUUUAAGCUAGCGCCUAGGCCUUACGGGCUGCGUCCUACCUUAAGGCAGCUCCUUAGCAAGCCCCUUAGGAAGGCCCUUAGGAAGCCCCUUAAGGCGCUUUGCUUUUUGUUUUUGGCGUUGCUUUUGCCUUUUCGCCUUGCGCUUUGCUUUCUUUUGCUUUGGUUUGCUUUGCCAGCUUUGCGCUCCUUAGGAAGCUCCUAAGGAAGCUCCUAAGGAGCCCUCAGGAGCUCCCUUAAGCGAGAACGCCUUAAGCGGGAACGCCUAAAGGCGUACCUUCUUAAGCGGGGACGCCUUAAGAUAAUUUCGCUUCAGGCUUUUUCUUAGCGCGCCCUCUUAGGAGACGCCCUGCGUAAGGAAGCUUCCUUAGGAGCUUCCUUAGGAGCGAAAAAAUCUUUGCCGCUAUUAUUAUACUACACACGGAAGAAAACGGGGCCGGAGAGGUUCCGGUAGAGUGUGGGGAGAGGUUGCCUGCGUAGAGGUAAAGUAGAGGGUCGGGAAAAAAUAGAGGGUCGGGGAGAGGUAAGGCGAGAGGUAAAGGAGAGGGUAGGGCGCGGGUGGGUAGUACGUCGGCCCGUAUAGCGGCGCUAUACGCCCGAAGAGGGUAGGUAGAGGGUGGACAGAGGUAAAAUAGAGGGUAGGGGGAGAGGGUCGAGAGGGUCAGAGAGGGCGCGUAGUAUAGGGUGACCCUCUACCCCGACCCUCUCCGGGGCCCUCUAUUUUACCUCUCGGCGGGCCCUCUCGGGACCUCUCCGACCCUCUCCAGGACCCUCUCCGGGACCCUCUCCGAACCUCUCCCGGAACCUCUCUGACCCUCUCCCCGACCCUCUCCCCGACCCUCUCCCCGACCCUCUCCCCGACCCUCUCCCCGACCCUCUCCCCGACCCUCUCCCCGACCCUCUCCUCGACCCUCUCCCGGAACCUCUUCCGGAACCUCUUCCGGAACCGCCGGCCCCCCCAAUGCAGUUCGCCCGCCUGCGCGCAGUGCCUGCGUCUUAAAGUAGGAGCGAAACCAGCAGGGGCCUAAAGCUUAUGGCCUGCAGAUCUUUUGACUCUCUACAGACCGGGGCGGCUGUUCAAAGUGAGCGCGCCGCUCUGCGUCCCCCGGGCGGGGGGGGGGCGCGGCGCCACGCCUUAACGUAGGCGGCCACCUAGGGUGGCCGCAACUUCACACAACGCCCGCGCGCGGGCAACAGGUGCGGCGUCUUUGUAGCGCCGUGGACGUGCUUGCAGCCAAAGUAGCGAAAAUCAGUCUUGCUGUGCCCGUUGUCUAUUUCGCACGCACUUGCGAGCCCCGCGGCGUGCUCGCCAUUUAAGCUUAUUCCAGCUCGCUACUCUUUGGAGGCGCUCCGCCCUCUUGUUCAGGGCGCACGCCUCCAACAGGCUACCCCUCCAAGAAAGGCCGCCAUCAAGCUCCGGCCCCGGGCGCUGCUUUUUUCGGAAACAAAGAACGCAGGCCGCCGCGGUAUCGCUGCGCGUGUGCGCUGCGCUUUCUGGGCCAAACCCCUCAGAGCGGCCGGCGCGGCCCCGACUGCCUUUAUGGCUACGCAGCGGCGCGCUACCCUUGGCCCCACCUGACCCACCGGCACACCUCCCCCGAACAGCCUCCCUCCCCGGCGGCCUCCGCCGGGGGGUGGCUGGUUGGAUCUAAAUGCUCAACUUUUUGGAUAUGUAGCCACUUUCUCGCCUGCGUGUGUGCUACUAGCACGCGGCGGCUGAUAUUGAGUCGCCCCGGAGUUGGUGCGGGAGCUUUGCACUAUUUGCGGACCGUGAGGGGUGCUGAUAGUGCCUACGAAUGCAAGAAGUUGGAUACUUGUCAUCCUCUUUCUCGCGUUCAUUCAGAUCGUAAAGAGUCGCUAACAGACGCGACUCGAGCUGAUGAAUUGCGACACCCGCGCAGCUGAUAAGCGUGAAAGUCAAAUAGUGUCCCAGUGACCGCGAAGGUCACUCGGGUAGCCCUAUGGUUCGUGCGUUGAGUCACCCGCCCGCCCAUCCCUGUGAUAGCGAGGCGGUAUUGAUUCGAGGCCAGCACGCGCGUGCGUUGCUGUUCGUGUCCAAAAGAUCCUGAGACUGGAGCGCUUGUGCGCGCUUAGUGGGAAGCAGUGCGCGCGCCUCGAAAUCAUUGCAAAAGGCGUGCACUACUCACGACCGCACCUCGUCCACAGAUUGCAUGCACUCUUCCCGACGUCUGCUUGACUUGACUACAUGGACCGCCCCGCUGGGCCUCAGCUAAGAACAGUUGCGAGGGCGUGACUAUGCACAGAGCGACGAGGUGGUGCACAAGGAACAAAGCGCGGUCACAGAGUGCAACUGUAAAGACUAAGAACCGCGAUCGCCUCGAAUUGAAAUGAUGCUGCUUCCGACCUGACGCGCGGCCUUGCCAGCUCGCCUUCACACUGUCGCAUCGCAUCGGAGAUCCGGGAGCGCUUGACUCGGACACUCCACGUUCGUGCGAGCGUUUCCUAGAUGUGUGGAGGACGACCUCGCGGGACGUGCUCGCCCUGUGCUCUUACCGCUGAUGUCCUUCGCCGUUACACACGAGCGAAGCAUGAGCACGCUUAUAGUUCCGAGCAGCAGGAUCGGGAGUUGGUUCAUCAAUGGCGCUAUUGGCAUUUGGCCAGUGUUGUUCGCUGGCAGGCCCGGUCAUUGUCGUGCAGCUACAACAAGCAAACACACCCCACAAAAAUCGCCUAUAUAGCCGAUUUCCGCGAGAAUUUUUUUCGUUGUCAGUGGCCGCGCAAAUAUAACUCGGCCGCGUGGGCUGCUGCUAUUUCGCAGCUGUUCAAGGUUGGGGCCUCGUUUUUUUGAUGCUAGAAAUCGCGCGGCUUCGCGAUCAAAUCCGCACCAUAAUCAAACUGGCACGGCGCGACCGUGCUAGCUAGUACAAGUACUAUAAAUAUAGGCAUGAAACAUUUUGCAAUUUUCCGACCAUACACGCAGUCCUGCCGGACUAUACCAGAACGCUCUUGCGUCUGCGCUCCCGUUUGGGCCUCCUCCUGCUUGGUGAGGCUGACGAUGUGCGGCAGAAUCUCGUCGUAGAGAGCGAAGUUGAUUAUGAGCGCGAGGCCCCCUCGUACCAGGUGUACUGGGGAGCACCCCAGAAGCACCACGACAGCAAGCACGACGCAUUCCAGGAAAGAGAGCAACUCAAGAUGUACACUCGGUUUGUGUUGCAGCAAUUUUUCGGGCUCGUAGAGAUGAAACACAACGACAACCCGACAUCACCAUCCCACUACCUCGAACGGUAUCACAAUCCGAAGCCGGAGAUGGUCGAGCAUGAGCCAGCUGACACGAGGCUGGUCAAGAUAGCGACUCAUCUCAGCACUGACUUGUACACGGACGAGAUGACAAAAAUCGACGACCCCACGUUGCCCGGUCAACUUCGGGAGAUGAUCGCGAAUGGUGCUCAUUCUAUCUCCGAAGAAAGUACCCAAACGAUAAAGCAUCAUGACUCUAGCGAUGAAUCGAUAGCGUCAACAAGCAGCAGCAGCGCGGCGGCACCGCAGCACGGAAGGCACCGAGGGGCACCAUAGAGAAAAGUAGAACAACAGGGCAAUGAAGACGCCUGCUUAGGAAAAGAGCUUCAUCCCUUCGGGGGUGGCGCGAAGGCAUUUUUGGACGCAAGUGGGCGAAUAUACAAUAGCAGAACAAAGCAAGACGCGUCGCGGCGCAGUUGCUGUAGCAGCUGCAUGAAGAUUCGCGGUCGUUAUGGUUUCUUUGCGAAAAACGAGUGGCGCCUGUCGCAGUGGAGUGGUGCCACCUUUGAGCGCUGUCGAGCAAAGCCCAGCCAAAGUGCUCACAUUCCAGUUAUUUGCUUCGUCCCUGUGUAUGAUUACAAGUCUGCUCAUCUUCCUGGGCAGAGACAGCCUAUCAGCGUCGUACCUAGUACUCGCGCAAUGGAUACAGGAAGCGAGAGCGAAUGCAGGUGAUGCAGUAGCGUCAUCUUGCCCCCUGUCAUUGAUUUUUUUUUUUUCAACGGUUACGUUUGCAGCAGAUUUGUUUUAGCGACUUUCCCUCACAAUGUUCCAGGCGAGAACGGGACAAUGAGGACGUAGAGCGGAUUUCGAAGCCCAAGGCGCCGAUGAACGAAAUAUGUUUAAACGCUCACGAGCUUUUUUCUCGUUUUUUUUGCAUCAAUUUCCAAAAAUACUAGUAUACGCAGCCUGUCGCUAAUAUGAGUAUGACCUAUACGGACCGCGUAAAGUCUUUGCUUUACCUUUUGCUGUGGUGGAAACAAAGUAUCGCUGCUACUAACAGUAACAGCCCUGUUCUGGCGUAAGAGCACCUGCCCUGCAGCUGUUCCAUCAUUAAUCUACCACGUCGGGACUAGUUUGAUUUGUCCCUGCUUGUAUUCCGAUGAGCAAUCUUCUGCUCGUGCUAUGUCAUGUCGGUACUUGCAAACGGCAUCAGCUCCUUGAGCAGUUUUGUAAAGUAUCGGUGUCAUUGAAUGGGUUGGGCAUGGUGCCGUGCGUCGGUGGUACAUGGACGAUGCAAAGUCUCACUAUUCUGGGGCCGUAGAUGAAAUGGUAUGAAGAUAAACGCACUCACAGACAGCACACAUUUUCGCUUCGGCUUCCGUCUGGAAUUCUAUAUUUUUCGUAUUACCGGGCACAUACGAAACAAAGCAGCAUAGUUGUAUAAACU